AGGUCGAGAGGAUGUUCUUGAAACCCCGAUCCCAGUUUUAACUACUACCUCUACUGAUGCUGAGAAAGAGGCCCAUAAGGCCGUUGCAGAAAGGUCAGUAAUUGUUACUUGCCUUAUGCUAGCGGCUAUGGAACCAAGCCUUCAAAAGAGGUUUGCAAGCUUGGAUGCCUAUAGCAUUAUCCGACAGUUGAAAACCAUGUUUCAACAACAAGCUCGGAUAGAGAGGUAUGAAACUCACAAGGCUAUUCUUGAGUGUUCGUUAGUUGAAGGCAAGCCGGUCGCCACUCAUGUCUUCGAAAUGAUUGGUUAUUUCGAAGCCAUGGAGAGGUUGGGCUUUCCUUAUAGCCAAGAGUUGGCUACUGACAUCAUUCUGCACUCACUUCAUAAGGGGUUCAAUACGUUUCGAUUGAAUUUCAAUAUGAACGGGGUGUCGAAAACCCUUGCUGAGUUGCAUGGGAUGCUCAUGACUGCCGAGCAAAACAUCACUAUUGCACCUAAGAAGGAAGUUCUUAUGGUUCAAAAGGAAAAGGGUUUUAAGAAGGAAUGGGCUGGCAAGAAAAAGCAAGAUAAGGGCAAGCAAGUUGCCACUAAGACUGCUAUUAAGCCACAGGCAAAGGCAAAGCCAAAGGUGGCCGCAAAUGCCAAGUGCUUCUAUUGUGAUCAAAUAGGUCAUUGGAAGCGUAACUGCCCAAAGUACUUGAAGGAUAAGAAGUCUGGGGCUUCUUCUUCAGGGACUAAGAAGGAGUAGAACCUUGGCUAAAGGAGAGGUGGAACUGCGAGUUGGAAAUGGUGCAAGAGUUGCCGCCGUUGCAGUUGGGACUUAUAGUCUACCUUUGCCUUCUGGAUUAAUAUUAGAGCUUAAUAAUUGUUAUUACGUUCCUGCUAUUACCAAAAACAUUAUUUCUAUUCCUGUUUUGGAUAAUGAAGGGUUUUCAUUUACAAUUGAGAAAGGUUGUUUCUCUGUUUAUUUGAAUUCAAUGUUUUAUGCCACUGCUAAGAGGUCUAAUGGUCUAUAUUACCUAGACUUAGACAAAGAUGUCCUUAACAUAGACAGCAAAAAACAUAGAUCAAGCGAUACUAAUCCUACUUACUUAUGGCAUUGUCGUUUAGGACACAUAAACGCGAAACGCAUUCAGAAGUUGCAUAAAGAUGGACUUCUAACAUCUUUUGACUUUGAGCCAUUUGAUGUGUGUGAAUCAUGUUUAAUGGGUAAAAUGACAAAGU